ACAGGGAGCAGAAAUCUCAUCGAGAAAGAAAGGUUUCAAACAGAUACUGUGCCCAGCAACUUUUGGCAGCAGUUGGGGAUUCUGUUGAGUAAUUUGAGAUUAGCAGGAAGUUCUCAAUUGGAAAUAUCUGCUCAGCAGCAAAGGAGACGGACACCUUCAGUUUGUGGCUGUACUGACUUUACUUCUGUAGACACAGGAAUGUGACGUGCUGAGCCAUUUUGUGUGAAUUUAACCUCAGUGUAUUCCAACCAGCCCAGUACUUUAUUGUUCAAGAAAUCUGCGUGACUAAUUCAGUUUGCCAGCAGACUUGCCGAGUGCCAGGAAUGCUAACCUGGUGUGGACGGUGGACUAUCCUCAUGGGAUGUGCAAUGGCAGAGUACUGUCUGAUAGCUCUAGCUCACUCUGGAGCCGAACCAGCAGCAAAUCGGCUUCCCUCUCUGCAUCGCGUCAAGAGGAAAUGGGUGUGGAAUCAGUUCUUUGUAUUGGAAGAGCACCUAGAAACUGAGCCGCUCUACAUCGGCAAGCUCCAUUCUGAUUCGGACAAUGGAAAUGGUUCUCUGAGAUAUAACCUGACGGGUGACGGAGCUGGCACAAUUUUCACCAUUGAUGAAGAUAAUGGAGACAUUUUCCUCCUAAAGAAGCUGGAUCGAGAGGAGAAGCCAUUUUACAUCCUACGGGCGCAAGUGGUUGACAGAGCCACCAACCAACACGUAGAACCAGAGUCCGAGUUCCUUAUUAAGGUCCAGGACAUCAAUGACAAUGAACCGCAGUUUCUGGAUGAGCCAUAUGUUGCCACAGUUCCCGAAAGGUCACCUGAUGGAACCUUCGUUACCCAAGUGACAGCGACAGAUGCAGAUGAUCCUUCCUAUGGGAGCCAUGCCAGGGUAGUCUACUAUAUCCUGCAGGGACAACCAUAUUUUUUGGUGGAGCCAACAACAGGAGUUAUUCGAGUUGCUUCGCCUAAUACAGACAGAGAGGCUGAAGAACAGCACGUGGUUAUCAUAGAGGCUAAAGAUAUGGCCGGGUUAAAGGGAGGUCUCUCUGUGACAACGACUGUGACCAUUACCCUGUCUGAUGUUAAUGACAACAGACCGAAAUUCCAGCACAAGCUAUAUCACUUUUCUGUUCUGGAAUCAGGCAGCAUUGGAUCGACUGUUGGGAGGAUAAUGGCGACAGAUGUCGAUAUUGGACAAAAUGCAGAAAUGGACUACAUAGUUGAAGCUGGCGAUGGUUCAGAUUCAUUUGCUGUAAUUACAGAUGAUAAGACCCAGGAAGGUGUCAUCAAGUUAAAGAAGCCUUUGGACUACGAGAGCAAGGGGAGAUUUAGCAUCAGAGUGGUAGCAAUCAACAGACACAUUGAUCCCAGACUCCUCAACCUCGGACCAUUUAAAGAUGUCACAAAUGUCAAAAUCAAUGUGCUUGACGUUGAUGAGCCACCAGUCUUUGUCUCUCCUGAAUAUAUUUUCAAGAUCCAAGAAAACAGAGAAGCUGGUGGCUUUGUUGGGGAGGUGACAGCAAGGGACCCAGAUGCAGCAAACAAUUCAAUCAGGUAUUCCAUUGAUCAUCACAGUGACAGAACCUUUAACAUUGAUCCAAAGAAUGGAACCAUAACCACAUCUCAACCCCUUGACCGCGAGGAGGUCCCUUGGUACAAUUUAACCAUCUCAGCAUCAGAAGCAAGUAACGUGAAGAAAGUGACUUCAGUCUUGGUGCAUAUCCAGGUUCUCGAUGUCAAUGAUCAUCCCCCAGAAUUCCCGGUUCCAUACAAAACAUUUGUCUGUGAAAACGCAAAGCAUGGACAGCUGAUUCAAACCAUCAGCGCAGUGGAUAAGGAUGAGCCAUCGGAGAGACAGCACUUUUAUUUCACCCUGGCACCAGGUGCUGCCAGUAAUCCCAAUUUUACUGUUAGAGAUCAUCAAGAUAACACGGCUGCCAUUCUGACUCAAAGAGCUGGUUAUCGUCGAGGCGAGCUGGCCAUUCACUUCUUGCCCAUCCUGAUAGUAGACAAUGGGACUCCAUCGCUAAGCAGCACCAACACCCUUACUAUCCGAGUGUGUAGGUGCAGCAACAAUGGUGCUGGCCAACUAUGCAACGCUGACGCCUUCUUUUUGCCUGCUGGCCUCAGUACCGGUGCUUUCAUUGCCAUCCUCAUCUGUGCCGUGAUGAUACUGGCACUCGUGUUCCUCCUACUGGUACUCAGGCGGCACAGGAAAGACCCGCACUUUGCCGGCGAAUGUGACGACAUCCGUGAAAACAUCGUCAGGUACGACGAUGAAGGGGGCGGUGAGGAGGACACGGAAGCGUUCAGCAUGGCCACCUUGAGGAACUCGCGGGUCAGGUGUGGCUGCAGAGCAAGGAGAGAUGUGAAGUCCGACAUUCCGUCAGCGUACAGGCAAUCACUCCGUGGGAUGCCGGAUCAAGCCGUUUUCCGAGAAUUUGUCAGGGAGAGGCUGAACGAAGCUGACUCUGAUCCCUCGGCUCUGCCUUUCGAUUCUUUGCAAACGUACGCAUUUGAGGGGACUGGCUCUGUUGCUGAGUCCUUGAGUUCUUUGGCUUCCUCUUGCAUGGGCUCAGAUGAAAAUUACGAUUACCUCAGUGACUGGGGACUAUGCUUCGGAACGUUGGCGGAUCUGUACGGGGAUAAUGGAAAUCACCUGGCUACAUGAAACAAGGAAAGGAGAAGAACAUUGAAAUUUCAUGGCUAGGAAUAUUCUUCUGACUUUGCAAUUCUAAUGUCAAGCCUCCCUCCUCUGCAAGUGUGUAACUGAACGUUCGGCCACCAGAGAUUCUCUGAUCACUUCUUUCAAAUACCAGAAAAUUAUUUGCAGCGCACCUGAGUUUCUGAAAUGCUUGUGCAUCCAUUAGAACCCCAAUAUCCAAAAGUUACCUGUGGUCAGGUGGUUUGCACCUAGAAUUCUUUAUCUUGCUUGGAAGAUAGUGUAAAACCUCUCAGGAAUCAACCGAAUAGGGUAUGAGCUUUCAACUGGAAUCUGUUGAGCAGAUACUCAUCUUCCCAAUUCAUUCUCAUUCCACGAUCUGGUCCAGAUUUUGGGACUUCUGUAACUAAAGGAACAAAGAAGUGAAAUAUUUAUCAUACUGCCCAGGACAAUCACUAAUGUCACAGGUUCACUAAUGUCCUUUAGGGAAGG